AUGUCAUUUCGGGAGGUAUCUUCAUUCUUUCUUCCGCUCCACACGGAUGCUGUUGAAUUCUCACCGUCUCACUCCAAAUUGCUCUGUGGAUCAUAUGAACUAGAUCCGGUGAGUAAUAAUCCUCCUCACCCGUUUUUUUUUAUUUAACAUGUUUUCCAAAUCACCAUGCAGAACUUGUUUCUUUUAUGGCGCCUGCGGAAUUUGGUAAAAUUAAGCAUUUCAAUGUCAUCGAUCGAGCCAUUUGACUGAAUUGUCUACGAGCCACCUAUAACCCUUGAUCUCGAAUAAGCCGGUGUUGUAGAAGUUUGCAGUAGCUGUUUCGUAUUCAGUUUCUCACAAACACGGCCUACUGAAUAGCCGUCGGGCACAUUAUGGUCCGAUGAGCCAAAACCACAGGACUUAACUUUUCUUUAAUUGAGCAUAGCGGCGACAAGAUACACUAAUAAAUCCCAGAGAAAGGAGAAAGUGCGAUCAUUGGAACAAGAUGUUUAUUGGCCCGACGUUUUGGAUCUUCACUCCAUCCCAUCUUCAGAGACAAUCGUAGCUUCCAUCGCCGUUAUCUACGACUGUCUCUGAUGAUGGGUUCUUAUUUCAGUGAUCGCAUCUUCUUCUGAAGUGCUUCCUAGAACUCGUCUGUUCGCUUCUAUCGGCAAUUAUUGAAUUUCUUCGUCUUUCCUUGUAAGCAGUCGCACCAGCGGGUACUUUAUCUCAUUGACUCACUCCGGAUUCUCUUACUGGUUGCCUUACAUGACAACCAUUUAUUCUGUGAUUUCUCGCUACUCGUAAGCUACGGGUCCUAUUGUAUUCCUCUGCCAAUACUCAUUAGAUUGGCCGUUUUAACAAAAGACCUUUGGGUCUCAUCUCGACCGACUUUUUGCCUUAAAUUAUAGUUUUAGGGAAUCUUUUCCUGCUUGUAUCAAUUAAACUUUGUCGCAGGAGACUCGAAAAAUCUCAGGAGGUAUUACAGUCUUCACUGUGGCCGAAGAAGUGGUUGAACUCCUAAAACAACAUGAAACUGCCGGAGUUCUGGACUUGUCCUGGUUCGACGAUGAUGUCUGCCUUGCGGCGCUUUCUACGGGCGAAGUUGGUCUGAUUAACCUUUUGGGUGAACCUGAAGAUCCUAACAUGUCAACCUAUCGCAUCUCUGCAAGCCUGCUCCUCUCAGUUGAUGUACUGGAUAAUAGGUAGGUCGGUUUACUACUUCACAGGAUCUCAUUAGGCAAAUGUUAGAGCCAUCAUCUCCGCAGCGGAUGGCGGUCUAUUCCUGUUUGACAUCAAAGAGUCAAGUACGACUGCCACCUGUCGGGCUCAUGAUUACGAGGCAUGGACUGUGGCUUUCCACAAAACUAACCGCAACCUCAUCCUCUCGGGAGGUGACGACUGUCUCGCUCGCCUAUGGGACCUACGCGACGGACUUGAGAAGCCUGUUUUCUCCCAACGGUAAAUUUCUGGUUUUGAGUCUAUUGGCUUACUUGAACUUUUUUUGACCUUGACUGAUUCACCUGCAGCUGAAUCGAGUUGCAGAUUUUCGCUCUUCAUUUCUGUCGAUCGGUAGCAACAUCCUUAUGGAAAGCUGAUCACUUGGUACGCGAACCCCGCUAGCCGUGCUAACGGGACCACUGUUGUGCACCAAGUCCAUUUUUGCUCAUAUUAUUCUCUGGAAAUUUGAACGUCAUCCCCAGUCGAAACGGAAUUUUGAUGAAAUGGCAUCCCAGGGGAUUUAGCCCUCAAGUUACCGCGGGCGUGGCCAGCGGGUUUUGUGCGUAGACAGUGCCCAUUUUGUUUCUGGUUAGCUGUCAACUCGUUAUUUCGAGGCAAUUUUAAAGAGGGAAGAGCACACACCAUUAACUAGACAUUGCCAGGCCCUGAAUAUCUCCUGAGCAAAAAGAUCUGCCCACGCCCCGGACGGAUUUUCAUGACGAAAAUUUUACCAACUUGUUCUUGAUCUCACGCUAAUUCCAGAGGCCUCGACGGAGUCAAGUAAUGAUUGCGGAUCUUCCUGAUCCGAUGUUCUUCAUCAGUCUUACUCUGCGCAUUUAAAUGAAGUUCGGUCCAGCAUAAUAGUGGUCCACUGGCCCAAGAAAUGAACCAUUAUCGAACAGUUGUCGCCUUCCUCUUAACCCGUAAUUAUCAGUUUUCUGAGGAACUUAUUCUUAGGCCUGCCCCACCUACAUUCGCUUUCUGAUGGAUCGGCAAAAUGAAAAACUGUACACCUCCCUCCUGUCGAAAGCCCUGAUCAUUCCCGUACGUUCGUAACCGCACAUGCUGAAUUGAUCUUAAAGGACGGAGAACACGAGUGCCGUAGUAGUAGAAUAGUGGUAAAUAUUUCUGUCGCCCUUGUUGGAUAUCGACUUGACCGUAGUCGUUCUUGUCUCUGCAUUAGCAGUUGUUUUCGAGAAUUCAGACCGAAAGACAAUGUAGUCUAUCAGCUAAUGCUGCCGGAUGCCUCAAGAAUCUGCACAAUGGGUGAGGAACUGCAGUCAGUUAUUCCGACACCGAGUCAUUUUCAAACUGAACGGAAGCUGCGAAGACCGAGCGUGCCUUGUUUAGAAGCUGGUCGAUUCACCUCGAAGUGAUGUUGUGGCUGUCAUUGACGCUGUUGCCAUACCAUGAUUGUCUCCCCUCUUUUAGCCAUACAGUCUAGGUAACUGAGUCUUUCAAAAUCAGUUGUUACCGCGUCGCAUCACAUUUACUGAAAGGCCCUCGAGGUCUUGAGUAGUUUGACCUCAGAAUUAAUUUUGUUAUUACCGACAAAGACAAUGGAGACUGGAAUGGCCAUUUCUGGUUUAUUAGCCGUCGUCAGCCAGUCAUACCCAACCCCGAGGCGUGGAACACCCAAGGCUCGAACUCGCGACCUGUUAGUCCACGCCGCUUUGCGGCUGCUGGUUGGGCUCGGGAGAGAAAGAGAGAGGACCUGUAAGGCACAACGGAACGAGUAACUUCCGUAAGAACGAUCGGUGAGUGCCCCCUACCAUCAGAAUUCAUUGCUGAGUAGUUUGACCUCAGAAUACAUCGCUGUCACGUCGUGAAAGUCUUCAGGGAAGGCGUCUGGGAUCCAUGUUCCCUGAGUAGCCGGUUGGUUUAGACUUGUCUGUCGGUCGGACCGUAUCACCAAAGACUCGAUCUUACGACGAGGCCCAUUCAUACCUAGCACCCCGACGAUGUAGAUGCUCUUGACUUGAGACCCCUGAGAGAUGGCUUUCCUCGGCAAUGUAGCGGAGCGGCUGUGGUUAGCCGGACGGGCGCUCGAAACUGUUUCAUAAUUCGUUAGAUGGCCCACCUCUUGCUUUAUUGGCAACAUGCAGUCGGGUUUAAGCCGAACCCUCUAAAGAAGCUAAUCAGGCCGAUCAGGCUGAAACGACGAUCUCCAAAUAUCGUAAAAUCUUCCUCUUCAGUUUACUCAGAGCUAUGUGUGCUAACAGCGCAUCCAAUUUCUCAGGGAAUACGCAGGCGGGCAUAAGGUGGCGGACGGCAAGCGUACAUGUACGUGACGAUUUAGGAACGUAAUCCCUACAAAUUUUGGGGUAUUUUCGUGUUUCCUUAUUUUCAUAUUUACCCAACUGUGAAAAACUCGGCGCCUCGGUGGGAUUCGAACCCACGCAGUAAGGGGAGGGCUUUAGCGCAGCCAACGCUCUAACCACCUGAGCUACGAGGUCCCGCCGGACGACGCGAGUUUAAUCACAUUUGGGUCAAGUUACCUGCCCAACCUACUGCAACGUCUGGAAUCCACCAAAUCUGGUACAGUAAGUUGACUGCCCAGCUUCCAUAGGCUCCAUAGGCUAGAGAAAAACUAAACACCGACUCUGUAGAGAUAGCGAGAGCGAGACGAGUAGGUCACUAGAGCGCUAACGCCGUUACUGAUUAACAUAUACGUGUUUACUGUUUCGGGUGGGUCUUUCUGUAUGUUUUGCCUACUUCAUAAUCAAACUGAACUCUUGUCUCCUUUUGUAGGCAUGAAAUGGGCGUUUGUAGCGUAUCCAGCCUGCCCCAUUGUGAACACAUCAUGUCCACCGGCUGGUGAGUUUGAUACCUCAGUCUCAUCGAAAUCCGUUUGUCAGCGCGCUAGGACACCAGAAUAGGAACCCAUCAUAAUAGAAAAGAGUUUUACGCUAAAUUCAACCCAGGGUACCGUGUUUUAACCCUGGUUCUAACCCCAAACCUUAACCCUAACCCUAAUCUCCUUGAACUUCAGCAAAAGGCCACCUGUAUUUGGAGCGAGUUUCUAUUUCCGUGUUUUUGUAGGCCACAUCCUCAUCAUCUCGUUAUUAUGCGCAAUAUUUACGAUUGUCAGUGAGGCUACCCUGAAUUUAUCGGCUUUCUGAAGAAGGCUAUUUAGCCGUUCUGACAUUUGGGGUUAUAGGGCACCAAGUUGGCAGCAAAGGUACUGACUAAAAGCCCAUGCGCGUGUUUCGCCGAUAUUCUGCCGCUGCAUGGCACAGCUGCGAGGAGUUCGCCCUGAAGCAAAAAAACCUACUGAUUGGAGCUACUCCCCUGUGAUUAACGGCUGUGCAGUAUGGUGAAUGCAACCGCAAAUUUUUUAACUCGCUUCUUUGUCCACCUUAUUACUUUAAAAUGUACAAGUUCGAUGAGGCGCGAUUUUCUGCUAAAGUACUUCACGGUUUAGGUUUUCUUAUGAUUCCUUCUAUUCUAACAAUAAGUGUUUGCAUAAGCAAGAAGAAUCGGUUUGAAAAGGCGAUGCUUUUCCUGGUGGGUGUUGUGACGACCUCAAAUUAUUCCUUCUGAAAGAUUAGAUUGCCUCACUGUGCGAAUAAGCUCCAAGUCAUGUCCCAUUGCAAAUCCAAUCAGGAAGCUUUUUUGCCUUGAGGCGUGCGCACACUGCAGCAAACGGACUCCCAAACCACCCUCGUUAAGUAGACCAUGUAUCUAGAAAGACCAAAUUGUGCACUGGGUUUUCUCUGGGGUUUUUGUUUUCUGUUAGACCGCUCCUUUAGAAAUUUUCUAACUUUCAGCACAGUUUUCGCUACGCUUUCUUCUUGACGGUUCUGCUGCAUGUCUGCGCACUCGCACCGGGCUUACGACAAAAUACGGAGACUAAAUCGUCCAUGAUUUUUUAUUCUUCUAGUCUUUUAAGCUGCAGCAUGCUUUUCUGUAGAAAAGUGAUUUGUGAGUUGGGAGAUUGUUCAUUUGUGGAUUAUUUCAUCUCAAAGUAUGAGGACAGUAGUAGCAGUCGUUGUUUGUUUACCUCUUUUGUAUUUAAGGUUGCACUGCUAUGGCCCGGCAACCUAGUGCGAACAUUUUACCCCCUUGAAUGCUCCAUGUGAACUGCACUGUCCCAAAUAUGGAAUGGUAUCCUUCAUUUAAAUGAGCGAAAUGCAACCCGUAUUUGCUUUUUGACGAUUUAAGGCAGAUUUCGCCUAUUUCCCCGAUCUAGUUGAAGGGCCCUGUAGGACGUAUACUACUUACUUGUAAACUUUUAGGCGAGAAUAUCUGUUGUGAACGUUUUUUCCCCAAAAAGUCUGCUCGCGUCUUCAGCAAAUGAUUACGACUGCUUUACAGGAAGUAAAUCAUCUCACAACUGUGCUGUUUGCCUCUUUUGUGAUCUCAUACUGUUAAUGUAAAAAGUAAAAUUUUGAAGUCUGAAAGUCCGUAGAUGGGCCUCGUGCGACUGGCUCCACUAUCGUUAAUUUCUGCGAUUUUUCCAUGCAGUUUUGACGAGCGGCUACGCAUUUGGGACCUGCGCGCGCCCAAAUCUCCCCUAGUCAAGGAGGUCGUUCAUACUGUGGGUGGUGGUGUCUGGCGACACAAAUGGGCCAAACCAUCCGCUUCGCACUUCCUCCUCGCCGCCAUGCACGCUGGUUUCGCUGUUGGCGCAGUUGAGACCAAUGAUCUGGAUCCUUCUAAUGAUCGGCAAGCAGCCCCACUAGUCUCGUACUAUCGCCAGACCACAGAGUUGGCCUAUGGUGCUGAUUGGUUUAUCCUCCGCGAACACGCGGGAUCCUCCACCCGUGCAAGAUUUUGCGCUUUGGUUGCAACUUGCUCCUUUUAUGACAAUCAUGUAACUUUCGCUGUUUACGAAGGAUGA